AUGGCAGGGAUUACUGCAGCUGAUGACCAGCAGGAGGCUUCCCCCACUAAUCAUUGCUGUUCUGGCGACAAUGGACAUCACAAAACUACUACAGAAAACUUGGUUAACGGUCAUGGUGAAGGUUUGAAAGAAAUCAUCCUGGAGGACAUGACGAAUACAACACUGAAGGAACACCAGACAUCCAAGGAAAGUGCAGAGAAUGUUGUUGUGGUGGCUGGUAAAGCUGAAGAGGAGGCAACUGAACAGAAAGAUGACGAUGAUGACAAGGAUAAAGAAGUUUUACUUAUCCAAGACACAGGCUUCAAUAUUAAAAUUGUCGCACCAAAUCUAGAGCCUUUUGAAUUGCCAGUCAGUUCCAUGGAACUUGUACAAGAGAUCCACCAGGUUCUGAUGGACAGGGAGGACACUUGUCAUCGGACCUGCUUCUCUCUACAGCUUGAUGGAGUGACCUUGGACAAUUUCUCCGAGUUGAAAGCUAUUGAAGGCCUGAAGGAGGGGUCUGUGGUUCGAGUUAUUGAGGAGCCAUACACUGUCCGCGAAGCUAGGAUCCACGUCCGUCAUGUCCGUGACCUGAUGAAGUCAGUGGACCAGGCUGAUGCUUACAACGGAGUUGACUGCUCCUCACUGUCAGCUCUGAAUACCAUCACUCUGGGAGACAUUCUUGAUAAACGAAACAAGCCUGAUUCUGUGGACUGUACUCCUCCUGAUGCUAUCAUCCCCAACUCCAAAGAACGACCUCUGCUUCCUCUACAUCCAGGCAUUAAAGACCUCAAGGCGACUCGCUGUUUGAAGGUGCUCACAUACAGUGGCUGGAAUCCUCCCCCUGGAAAUAGACGCAUGCAUGGUGAUCUCCUGUACUUGUAUGUUGUGACACUUGAAGACAAGCGCUACCACAUUGCCAGUUGUGCUAAAGGUUUCUACCUCACCCAAUCCACAGAGGAUGAAUUCAACCCCAAACCAGCACAGCCCAAAUACUUGUCACAUUCUCUCAUAGACCUGCUCAACCAGGUUAGUCCAGCAUUCAAACGUACUUUCUCCCUGUUGUUAAAGAAACGGGCACAAAAACACCCCUUUGAACGUGUGCCUACUCCUUAUCAAGUAUACUCUUGGAUGGCGCCACAGUAUGAUCAUCAGAUAGACUACAUCCGAGCUGAGGAUGCCUUUUCUACACGUCUUGGCUAUGAGGAACACAUCCCUGGGCAGACCAGAGACUGGAAUGAAGAGAUCCAGACAACCAGGGAACUCCCAAAAGGAAAUCUGCCAGAGAGACUGAUUAGAGAGCGUGCCAUCUUCAAGGUUCACAGUGAUUUUGUUGCUGCUGCAACUAGAGGUGCAAUGGCUGUCAUUGAUGGGAAUGUCAUGGCCAUCAACCCAGGAGAAGAUGCCAAGAUGCAGAUGUUCAUCUGGAACAACAUCUUCUUCAGCCUGGGGUUUGAUGUCAAGGAUCACUACAAGGACUUUGGUGGAGAUGCUGCAGCCUAUGCUGCGCCGGGUAAUGACCUGCAAGGAGUGAAAGCUUACUUCAACAUGGAUCCUGAUGGUCUGUACACCCUGGGUACCGUAGUGGUGGAUUACAGGGGAUACAGGAUCACUGCCCAGUCUAUCAUACCUGGAAUCUUGGAGCGAGAACAGGAACAGUCAGUGGUGUAUGGCUCAGUGGAUUUUGGGAAAACGGUAGUCACCAGUGACAAAUACAGAGAACUGCUUCAGAAGACUGCAGCAGCACUAAAAAUCAGACCUCAUCAGGUACUCAACGGUAAAGAUGAGCCCAUUGAAUUGUAUUCCUCCAUUGAGUGCAAGGGAAUUGUUGGAAAUGAUCAGAGGCAUUACAUCCUUGAUUUAUUGCGCACUUUCCCACCAGAUGCAAACUACUUGCCAGUUGAAGGAGAGGAGCUUUCUGAAUUCAUGAAGAACCACGGAUAUCCAAAGAAACACAGACAUAAGCUGGCCUGCCUGAGACAGGAACUCAUUGAAGCAUUCACAGAGAGCCGAUAUUUAGCUUUUGUGAAACACGCCGCUUUACAAUUCCAAGCUCUGCACAAACAGACCAAAAACUCUGAGGAGAAAUCUGCAUUAACCAAUGGCCAUAGCUGUGAUGAAAACAACAAAAAUAAGAAUGAUGAAGACGAGGUGACAGAAGAGGCCAAGAAGUUGGUGGAGACAAUAACUGGCAGUGAAGGAGGAACACGUAAGCAGGUUGAAGAUGACACUCGAGAAAUUGUGAAGAAGGCAGCUCAAGCAUCAGGCUCUAUGUCCGAUACCGAAUUCAGCAUUACUUUCAACCCAGAUGUCUUUCAGCCACAUGUCCGGCACGCACAGCCUGAUAGUGAGACAUUCAAGAAAGAAAAGGAGCUUGUAAAAAUGGCUUCCCAGCACAUUGUUGCUAGUCAGAUACCCCUCUUGAUUAACGACUGGUUUGAUCACACCUCAUCUCCUGUCGAUGGAAUCACACUGGCUGAAUCCAUGCAUGCCAGGGGUAUCAAUAUACGUUACUUGGGGAAAUUAGCAGAGUUCCUUGCCAAAUACCCAACUCUGUCUUAUGUAUAUACCAUUGCCAUAAGUGAGCUCAUUUGCCGAUCAGCCAAACACCUGUACAACCAGUAUAUGCAAGGAGUCGACAUGAUGAACACGGCAGCAGCCAUCAGCCAUUUUCUCAACUGCCUUCUAGGCUCUUAUCCCACUCCUCAUGCUCAAGUCACAGCUGAAGAGAGCAAGGCUGCCAAGCGUAAGAGUAAACGGAAGAACAAACACAGUGUUGUUUUCAGUAUAGAAAACACAGAAUGGUCGUCAGAGACGCCGAAGAGUUUGUGGAAGAAGAUUGUUGAUGAGGUUGAUAACUACUAUGGAUAUACUCUUGAGUGUGAUAGCAUUGAUGGAGCCCUAGAACAGUACGGUUGCCAGCGAGUGGCCAUGCUGCGGUCUAUUUGUAUCAAGGUGGGCAUACAACUUCAGUUGAGGGAGUACACGCUGGAGAGCAGAAGUCGAGCAGUUUUCACCGAGGAUGAUAUUGUCAAUGUGUUCCCUGUUGUCAAACAUAUCAGUCCAAGGGCAACGGACGCUUUCCAUUUCUUCUCAAGUGGACAGAAUAAGAUCCAACAGGGACUUCUCAGGGAGGGCUAUGAGCUGAUCAGCGAGGCCUUGAACUUGCUCAACAAUGUUUACGGAGCCAUGCAUCCGGAAAUUGCUGCUUGCUUCCGACUGCUAGCGAGGCUCAACUACAUUAUGGGAGAGUUUGGCGAGGCCAUGUCCUACCAGCAGAGAGCUGUGUUGAUGAGUGAGAGAGUGCUGGGAAUUGACCAUCCAAAUACUAUUACAGAAUAUGCCCACCUUGCCUUGUACUGUUUUGCUAACAGCCAGGUGACCAGUGCCUUGCGACUGAUGUACAGAGCACGCUAUCUUGCCAUCAUUUGCCAUGGAGAGAACCAUCCGGAAGUUGCUCUCAUCGACAGUAACAUUGGUCUUAUUCUGCAAGCUGCUGAGGAAUACGACUUCUCUCUUCGAUACCUGGAACAUGCGCUGCAGCUCAAUAUCAAGUACUUUGGAGCAGAAAGCUUAAAGACUGCGAUGACUUACCACCUAGUGGCCCGAACACAUUCGUGUCGUGGAGAUUUCAGGUCAGCGUUGCAGAGUGAGAAAGAAGCAUACACCAUUUACAAGAGCAAGUUGGGUGAGAACCAUGAGCGGACCAAAGAGAGCUCCCAGUGCUUGGCUCACCUCACAAAACAAGCCGUUGUGGUGCAGAAGAAAAUGAAUGAAAUCUACAAAGGGGAGGUGAACUCCACGCUGCCUCCCAUACAGAUUCAGCCUCCUUCCUUGGUGGGUGUGCUGGAGACACUGAAUGUCAUUAAUGGAAUUGUCUUUGUGCAGAUCAGCCCGGAUGAGCUGGAGAAGUUCAAGCAAGAAAUGAGCAAACACUCUCUGGAGCACGUGGGAGAGACAACUUCUGACACAGAACAGCAGGCUGUGGAGACAAAGUCUGGCACAGAGCGGCAGGCCGGUGAAGCAGACGACAAGCCCCAGGUGGCUGAGACUGAUGUCACUGACAAACCAGUGGAGAAUGGUGAAAAAGUUGUGGAGAACAACAACAAUGCGGUGGUUGUUGAGGGCAUUGCCCUUGCUUAA